GACUGUAGGAAGAAAAAAUCAAUGGCCUGAGGAAAAUAUAGGAAGUUUCCUAUGUAUCAUGAAAAGUAUCUCACCAAGUCCGCCUAAAGAAAGGGAAAUACUCCAGCUGCAGUUCUUCAAGAUAAAGAAGAUCCUUCAAGUGCAGGGAUAGUUCGUCGUAAUCAUAUUUCUCAAAAAUAAGUAUAGAAUAGAAGGAAAAACCAUGUCAGUGGAGCACCUACUACAUGCAAUGAUGGAAAAGCUGCAAUCUGAAUCUGUCAAGGAGCAGGGUGGGCUGCUUGGCAUUGGUAGCCUACUCCAGGACCUCCAUGCACAAUUCAGGAUGGUCCAUGGGAGGAUCAGCAGCAUCGACAAGAGCGCGGUUCUCAUGGUCAGCAUCAACAACGAGCUGUACCUCCAGCUUCUGCAGAGGCUUUGGUCUCUCACAAUUGACACUGAUAACGUGCUGGAUAGGGUCUCUCGCCAUCUGACAAGAAAAGGGGGCCCUUUUGCGCUCCAGGUACGCAGCUCGUUCAUCUUAAGAAGGCUCCCUUUUCGCCGUAUUAUUGCCAAUAAGAUCAGGCAAGCAAUAGCUAACUUGAAAGAGUGCUACGUGCAAACAUAUAGAACCCGACUCGCUGCCAAAUCUACGGAUAUCCAUGCACCAGUGAAUUGUCAAAGAACAUGUGGCAUGGAACCUGAAGGUGUACUUGGUAGAGAAAAGGAAGUGGAUGAUGUUCUCAGAAUGAUGCAAGCUGAUCAAGGCACAGUUAGACUGUCAGUUCUCCCCAUAACUGGAAUGGCUGGUAUUGGGAAGACAACCCUGGCUCAGCUAGUAUUCUGGCAUCCAUGGGUUGUUGAUACCUUUGGUGAUGAUCGAAUUUGGGUUUUGGUAUCUCGUAAUUUUAAUAGCAUGGCGAUAUUGAGUAGAAUAGCAGAAGUUCUAACCACCAAGCAGUGUAACAUAGAAGACUCUGAGUGCAUUGUAAAAGAGAAACUCAGUGGGCGCAGAUUCCUUCUUGUAUUGGAUGAUGUGUGGGAUCACAAUCUGCAGAAAUGGCAUGUACUGAUGGAAGUCCUUCAGAGUGCUGGAAAGUCAGGAAGCAAGAUUAUUGUCACAAGUCGCAUUCCGGAUGUUGUAAAAUUGACUAACUCCCUCAGACCAUACACUUUACACCGUCUCUUGCCAGCUGAUUCUUCGAGGCUGCUCACACAAUGGAUGGAAAAUCCUGCGGAGUUGCCACCAAGGCUCAUCCCAGUCAGAAAAAUGAUUGCUGAAACAUGUGGUGGCGUGCCCUCGAUACUACUCAGUGCAUCAAACAAGCUGAAGAGCAUACGGAAAACUCAAGUAGCUUGGGAGCAUGUCCUGAGCAGAUUAGAUCUAGUCUUCUACGCAGACCCUCUUCUGCUAGAUGGGGCUUAUGCCAGCUAUCAACACCUCCCUUCAAGUAUCCAGCAAUGCUUUCUUUACUGCUCACUGUUCCUAGUUCAUAGCUUUACUCCUGAAGAACUGGCAGACAUGUUUAUUGCUGACGAGUUCAUAAAACUGACAAGCAGCAAAUCUGACAUGCAUCUGUACUUCUCCAAGAUAAUGACAGAACACUUCUAUGAUGUAGUGCAGAAAUAUCGACACAGAGGAAAAACUGUUUACAAGAUGCAUCCUGGGAUGCAAUUUCUUGCACAAAGGAUCAGCAGGGGUUUCCACUUAGCAAUAGAUGCUAGGAGGGAAAUAAUUUGGCCUUCGUACAACGCCAGGUGUCUCUCCUUACUUGUUGAUUCUAAAACCAGUAAGCUUCCACCAGAAUUGUUUGAAUUGGCAAGUUUGAGGACCCUGAUAUUGCUCAGAGAUGAAAACAUGCUUUUGUCUGAUAAGAAAUGUGCGAUCACAGAUAUCCCAGCAGAGUUUUGCCGACGUAUGACAGCUUUGCGUGUACUGCAUAUGCAAUCUUGCAGGAUCAAGAGGGUUCCUAGGGUAAUUGAUAUGCUACAAAAAUUAACCUAUAUCAAUCUUUCUCACAAUGAUAUUGAGAUCGUACCAGAAUCAAUUAGCAACCUCCGGUUUUUGACGCACUUGAACCUUUCACGAACCGAGAUCGCUGAAUUGCCAGAAUCAGUUGGAAAGAUGCAAUCCUUGCAGGUGUUGGACCUAUCUCACUGUGAAAAACUUCUUGGCUUGCAUGAAGCUAUGAGUAACCUCGUGAAUCUGCAUAUUCUAAACCUUGAAGGCUGUCACUACCUUGCAGUUUUGCCCAGAGACAUGAAAAACUUGAAAAGUCUUACCUACCUAAACAUUCUUGAAUGUCCUUUACUAACUCAAAUGCCUCGUCACAUGAACCAACUUGAAAGCCUCAAGAUAUUGCCAAGAUACAUUGCAGCGGAAAUUCCCAAACAUACAAUCUCAGAGCUACGUCCUUUAGUUAAUUUGAAGGAACUCGGUGUUCAGAACAUGGAAAAUGUUUCUUUGGCUGACAUCAGAAAUGCAACCCUGCAAGGCAAACACAAGCUCGAGUCACUAGCAUUGAGUUGGACUGCACAUCGCACAAAUCCUGAAGAUAGUUCAAGAGCACAGCAAAUACUUGAACAUCUCAAACCAAAUCAUGGUUUGAAAGUGUUACAAAUCUUUUCCUACCCAGGGAGGAAACUUCCAACAUGGAUAACCAGCAGAGCAUCUUACCUAAAAUUACUUACUGAGAUCAAGCUGGUAAAUCUGGCUUGUGAAAGCCUACCACAACUGGGGCAAUUACCUCUCCUCAAGAUUGUUGAAGUGAGCGGAAUAGAUGCUGUCACGUGUGUAGACGACACAUUCUGUGGCGACAAUGGCACAUUUGCCUCAUUGGAGAAACUCUCAUUCUUUCACAUGCCUAACCUAGAAACCUGGCUACCAUCACAGAGAGAAGCACUUUUUCCUCGCCUUCAAGAAUUGACAAUCACCCAAUGCCCAAAAUUCAGAGCAGUGCAUGUAAAACUCCAAGCUAUUAAAAGCUUGACUAUGCUGAUGAACAAUGAGAAGUUGAUUGGGUGUAGAGGGUCACUCCAGGGUUUGUCUCAGAAUUUAAGGUCUCUGUCAAUUUCUCUGUGUGAAGAGCUAUUAGAAUGUUCUGAAUGUGAGGGGUUGCAUGAACUUCAUGGGCUCGAGGAACUUCAGAUUUCAAGGUGCACAGAGUUUAUUUCUUUACCCUAUGGUAUGAGGCAUUUGUCACUCCUCCGGAGUUUGACUAUAACAAAAUGCAAAAAAUUAGAGACCUUGCCUGAAUGGUUGAAGAAUCUCACUUCUCUGAGAUCCUUGUGCAUAUCUGACUGUCCAAAUCUGCACAUUCCCGAGAGUUUGAAAGAUUUGCCGUAUCUCCAAAUUAGUUUUGAGUGAGGCCUAUCAGUUUCCCUUUCUGGUAAUCUGUUUAUGUGACAGGAGCAAUGAAUGGUUCUGGGUACCUUCUGAUGUUCCUUGUUUUAGGGGGUUUUUAUUACCCUAAAUACAAGAGAAUGUGUGGUUUUUCCCUAGUACCAACUUUAUGAGAUUAACUGCUUCAAGAUGGUUUCCAGAUGUUCAUCAUUCAGUUUCCAGAUGGUUCAACUGCUUGAAGACGGAAAUCAUUGAGCAUAUAUAGCAUUAGGCUAGGAUAGUUCUCAAUAUGCUGUUCGUGAUUGACUCGAUUUAGUGGCUUCUGUAACCUAAGCGUCUGUAUCAUCCCUUGCAUCCCUGUCCGUUGCACUUCGAGUCCUCUGCUCUGUGUGUACCUUGUAUAUAUUUGUACAUAUUUUCUCUGCCAGAACCUCGCCUACAGACUUCUUUCGAAAAUAUGAUAUUACAUUAAGAAGAAUUUAA